AUGCUCAAGAGAGCUGUAAUCGAUGAUUGUCAAUUACUUAUUAUCGGUGGAUCAACAGCAGCGUUGGGAGCCGCGUUAAGUGCAGCAAGAUACACUCAAACGUGUCUUUUAGAACCGACUGAUUGGAUCGGCGGACAACUAACAACAGAAAGUUUGGCAGCGCCCGAUUUUGCGUGGCAUAAACUAACAGACGGCAAUUUUACACUUGAUGUAGGAGCAAUUAAUCGUCUAUUAAAAAAUCGAAAUCCUUUAUUCUCAGAAUUUUUGAUUCUUGCCGCUAUUUUACCAACUGUGAAUACUAUCAAAAAAAAUUUACGAGUGUUUUACAAUACAGUAAUCAAACAUAUAGAAAAAGAUGAAAAUGGCCGGAGAAUUAUUGGCGUAGAUAGUAUUCAACGGACAGCAAAAACUACUCAUAACAACGAUAACUGUCGUUUUCUUUCUGAAGAGCUAUCUGAUUGGUAUUCGCGCGACGAGAGUCCAUGGUUUACAAAAACAAAUUUAUCAUUUACUCAAUUUCAAUAUGUGAUUGAAGGUUCCGCGUGGGGCGAAGUUUUAGCACUGGCGAAUGUAACUUAUUUGCAAGGUCUCACAGAACAAUUUGACGGUGAUACUUCGGGAAUUGGAAAUUCAACAUGUGGUCAAUCAUUCACAUUUGAUUUCCUUGAAAAAUUAAUGGAUAAACCUACCGACGAGCCAAAAAAUCCAUUACCUGAUCGGGGAAACUAUUCUCUAGCCUCGUAUAAAUGGGAACAGAUUUGGACUUACCGACGGUCAAACACGACUGCAACAGACUCAAAUCAUGUUGCUCAAUAUGAUAUAACAACCCAAAAUUGGGGCUAUGGAAAUGAUUAUCAAGACGAAUAUUUUUUUCUAAGUAUAAAUGAAACACAAUUACAAUUAUCUGAUUGGAAAGGUGGUGUUAAUUUAAAUGCAAUACAAGGUGCCGAGGAAAGAGCCUAUGGUUAUCAUUACUGGUACAGGGCAAAUGCACCAGAACAAUGGAUUAAUCAUACGAUAUUGUUACGACAGCUGAAUAUGACAGGGACAUGCCAUGGCCUAGCAAAACUUCCUUAUCUACGCGAGUCAAGGCGUUCUAUUGGAAUUGAUAAUUUUCUGAUGAAUAUUACUACCAUUAGUGGACACGCAAGAGAUCUUGUCGGAUAUAUUUUCGACGACCGAAUAGCAAUUGGCGCCUAUGACGUUGACAUACAUUCAAUUGCCAAAUGUAAAUAUCCGCCAUAUAUAUAUCAAAAAUACGAUAUUCUGCCAUUUUUUAUACCACUUCGUUCAUUAACAAACAGAGAUAUAGACAACCUAAUUGUUGUCGGAAAGUCAAUAGCCCAAACAUUCUUGGUUAAUGCUGCCACACGUCUGCAUCCAAUUGAGUUCUCUGUUGGACAAGCUGGUGGAGUAACAGCAGCCUAUGCUAUCCUGAACGAAAUACGGACAACAGCCGAACUUGUAGCACAACAUUCGGAUAGAAUUAGAAAUAUGGUUAAAAUUUAUACGCCAACAUCCUGGACUAUCAAUGGAACACUCUAUCCGCCUUCGUAA